AUGUAUUUUAUUAAGACUAUUAUCUCUAUCUUUACCCUCUAUACGCUUGCAACAGCACAGCUGGGGGAUCCUGAACUUGUUGCCCGCAAUGAGUAUCGAGUCGCCCGUGAGAAUUACCUUGCUGCCCGUGACGAGUAUCUUGCGGUGCGCAACGAGUAUUUUGGGAAGCGCGACCUUGAGCUCCGUGGACCAACUCUUUAG